AUGGCCCCUAAACGCAAGUCAGAUGCAAUGCAAGUGCAGCCUCAUGGCAUUUCAGAAGCUGUAGCAGCGCCUUUAACUGAGGAAAUUGUUCUUCAGCCGUCAAACAAAAAGGCCCGCGUCACCGAAAUAUCUGCUGAGCUAAAACCGUUGCCCAGCUCAUCGAAAGAUAACGCCCAGUCAUGGAAGGAUAUAAAACUUGAUGGUGAAGAUGAAGGCGAAGUACCUGUUUAG